AUGCAACGGUAUUAUGUCGGUCAAUGGGAAAAUGAUCAAAUGAAUGGUUACGGAACAUUGUAUUUCAGCGAAACAAGAUAUUAUGAGGGAGAAUUUUAUCGAAAUCAACGAUGUGGAUGGGGCCGAAUGCAUUAUGACAAUGGAGAUGUGUAUGAAGGCGAUUGGUUCAAUAAUCAACGUCAUGGUUCUGGCCGACUUCUCACGAUUCGCGGUGAUUGUUAUAAUGGUCAUUGGUUUGAAGAUAAGAAACAUGGUUACGGUCAAUAUUAUUUCAAGAAACAAAAUCGUAUGUGCACGGGUUUGUGGUCGGAUGAUUUCUGUAAAUCAUCUGAAUGUACUCAACUGUUAAAUAAGGAACAUCACACAUAUACUUGUGUAUCAUGA